GCUUGGAAUCGCGUUUGUAGGAAGCAAAGAUCACUAGAUUGAAGGGUCGCGCGCGUACUUUGCGCCAAAACAUCAUGUCCGUUGGCGUAACGGUGCACGAAAUCCGGCCACCGUCGCCGAUCGCGGAUGGUGUCCGAAAUCCGCUGGCCGAUCUGGAGAUGGCACGGAAAAGGGCCAACGAGAAGCUCCGAAUACGUCGCUUAAUGCAGGUUCGCCAGCAAUCGAAAGAUCUUGCGGCAAAAGUACGCCAAGGAUACCAACAGGCGAAGGAGAAAGAGUUGGCCAAGAUCGAGCAGACCAAGCUGGAAGAGAUGAAAUCGUGGAAACGGCGACAAAUCGCUCAGCUGCAGGAUGAGUAUGCGCGCUGUGUCGGCGAAGUCGGAGAAGCGCACAAGGCGGCCGAAGCUGCGGAAGAGUGUACGGUGUGGUUCGAGGAAAAACGUGCCGCUCAGCAGGCCGUAGCUUUGGCACGGGGCCGCCAGGCCGAGGAAACGGUCGCACGUGAACGGUUGCUACGGAAAGAAGCUGAAACAAAGAAGAAACGGAAACCACCGUAUGUCCCUUCGAAAUCGAUCGCCGUUCAGGCUGAGCUGCCACCACCGGAGACUCAGUCGCACCCGACGACUUCGAAGCCAAAAACCGUUUCCUUACAAACUCAGAACGACGGUGUUGCAGCGACACCUAGCACUCUCAGUCCUUACGAACAGUUCCGUGCCACGAAGGGAAAGAGGGACCAUCAUUUAGAGACCCACAGACCUACGAAAACGUUUGCUUCGUCGGAAUCAGAAUCAGAGGAUGAAGAAAUUUGUGGUGUAACGGGAAGGGCAGAUAAAGAAAAUGUCCCCAACAGAGGUAAACACUAUAGUGCGACGGAAUUUACUUCACCCAGUGGCGUUGGCCUUGUGCCACCGGAGCCACCACCCCCACCACCACAACGCCUCCAACCGUUUACACAAAUCUCCGACCUUAUCCAACAACGGCGACAACGACAAGAGUCUGUAGAGGACGGUUACGGAACGCAAACGAAACCAGCGAGUGGUCUUUACUCCAGCUAUGGAACGCAUAAGGCCGUACAGUUUGACGAUCUUAGUGAAAACAAUACGCUUUCCUUUCCCACGAGCUCAGCCAUGACCACAGCAGAUGAUUAUCGUCAACCCAGCCCGGAUGAGCUACCGAGAAAGGUUGUUCCAUUCGUACGGCAGCCGAUGGCCCGUCCUUCGAAGGCAUUCCAAGCGCCAGGCGGCGUGAAACCAGCGGCAGAGAUAAAGAAGCGUGGCAAGGCCGUCCUACCGACGGAAGCAGCACGAUCUUCGUCCGUUUCAGGUGGUGCCAGCACAAAGGUGCAGUACUAUGAUUGCAAUACUCAUUUCCGUAAAGAGUACGAUCAACCGGUUGGCUUUGUACGGCGCGAAGAACGACAGGCAGAUGAUCCAAACGCGAUGGAAGAAGCAUCUCGCUACGAGAAACUCCAACAGGAUCUGGCCAGCGCACGGAGCCUUCCGAAAACGGAUCAUUUGAAGCCUGCCCUGGAGAAGCAACAGAUUCGGAAGGAUUACGAAAAAUUAUCCAAUGAGCUGGACCACCUAACAAGAGAGCAAAAGCGGUUAAAGAGCCUGGCCGUGCGAAGCAAAAGCCUUCCAACGGAAGCGACGAUCAAGCAGAAGGCAGCGGAGCGACAGCGUAAGGCAAAUGAAGCGAUUGAAAACUUGCUUCAACGGCGAACUCUUGUUACGUGCCCGAUGGUUCAUCAAUCGAAGGCUGAGGCGCGUGUGCCCCCUGAACGGCCCUCCGUAGUGAAUGUGGCCGACAGUGGCGGGAAUCGAGAUGUUUCCAGUGACAGCUGCACCUCGAUCGUGUUGGGUAGUUUCGACAGACCUGGCAUUCCACUGCCGACCGAGAAAGGCACUGCCGCUGGGACAGGUACCGGGGAAUCUGCCGGAAUUGAUAAAAUCGGUCAAAUGAAGGCACUGCUCGAGCAACUGAAUGAGCAACGUCGAGUGCUGAUGGCUGAAAUCGAUCAAGUGAAAACAACGGAACCAGAAUCGAAGGCCACCGAGGUAGAACAGUUAAAGCGCCGCCAGGAGGAACUUGCGGCGAGGCAAGAGCUACUGCGACAAAGAGAGCGCGAAGUGGAGGAACUUGGACGACAGUUGCGCGAAAAGAUGGCUUUGCUGGCUGAGAACAAACGAAAGAGCGGAGAAAGCAAGGGCAAGAGCAAGAGCAAACGGCAAGAACAGCAACCUUCGACCGACAAACCGUACGCGGUGCACGUGGAAACGAAGGGGCUUAAAGAGCAGAUCGAAGUGGCCGUUGAACAACCUUCGAUCGACAGCAGUGCGCGAAGUAUCGAUAGCAGUAGCGAGACGAGUGCAGUGGAGCGGGCUGCAGGGAACGAGAUUCCAGUGAAAAUCAUCAUUACCGUCAACGAGAAAGCCUCGAAACGGAAAGAACGGAAAAAGUCGCAAAAGAAAAAAUCGCCAAAAGCGGUCUCAAGUGUGGAAGUUGUUCCCGUGAAACAACCGGAAAACCCAUCGCCAUUGGUUCCCUCUGUGGCAAUCGAGCAGCAGAAACAAGCUGCAGCCAACAAACCAGUGCCGGAAGAUGUGUCACUUGGUGGAUCUUCAACUACAUCGACCGUGUACCGAUCGUUGCCUCCUAAAAUUGGAAGGUUGAAGAUCCAAAAUAUCAUUCGUGAACCGCCAUCGCAGCCAGAAGUGGGGCAAUCCGCCGCUCCAACUGCCCCUUCCGAUAAACAACCGACGGUUCCACCGCAACCGGGUAAACCGAAGCAUCAGCUAGGUAAAAGUAAAACAAGAAGUACGUCUACCGGUCGCCGGGGAAUCACAUUCAAUCCACAGUUGAUGCAAUACAUCGUACGGUUGCUGGGGAUGUCACAUCAAUCGAUCGAUCAACUGGGCGUUAGCUCGAGUACCGUUUCAACGCCCAACGCUUCGGUCGUUAAUGUGACCGCCAAUCGGAGCGCUACGGGCGCGGUGGUCCAAGGAACCACCGAGGACCAUGAGCGGACGGCUCGGUUGCGCAAAUUUAUCGAUGAAAAUUACAAUUUUCUGCACGAGAUCGAUGAAACGCUACGCCGCAGUUCCGAUCGGUCUACCGGUAGUACGAGCAAUACGAUCGAUGCUGAGCGCACCGAUGCUUCUAUCGUGAACAACGACGACGUAAGCCAUGUAGAGGAUGUGUGGAUGAGUACAUUGAGACGACGAGAGCGUGCUAUGCAAGCGAAUAGGAAGAAGGAGGACACUGAUAACACAAAAUCGAAAUCGAAGAGACCCACAGAGGGAGGAAGCAGGCAGACGGAGGAACAUGGCACUGCUAUCGAUUCAGUACCGACUAUACCAGUACCAGCGAAUAAAACAUCAAAUCAGCAACCACAACAGCAACAACAGCGCCAGCCGAAGCCAAGCAAUGGCCCGACAACGAAGGAGAGCUCUCUUAAAUCUAUUCUGAAAUCUCCCAAACGGGACGUGUCACCAAAGGUGGCGAAGAUCAUUACUCCGCAAGGCCACGUGGAGAUUAUUAACCUAAGCGAUCAGGAGGAGCAGGCGAUACUAGAACGCUACUCGCAACUCACCGAACGUGGCAGCCAACGGAUCGCAGAACUGUCUCAAAUGAUCUCACAGGUACGGGAAGAGAAAAGGCGCCUGGUGGAGGAUAGUUUAUCCUCGUUCGAGCAACAGGAAUCGACAAAGUACAUGGAUCUACCGGCCAUGAUAAGUACCGGUAGCAGAAUGGCACAAGCAGUGGCACAACCGCCGCAACCUCCACCAACGAUCUUAUCGCCACCGCAACAACCACCGACCCAACCGCCAUCAUCCGCUACCGGUGCUGCGACUCUCGUACAGCUCGACGAUCCCGUGAGUGAGGAGAUUGAUAACAUAAUUUCCUCGAAGCAAAUUGGACUGAGUAAGGAUAGUGGGAUCGCCAUGUCGCGACCACUGACUGCUUCUGAUAUCCGCGAGAGUCCCUCGGACGAGGGUAGCCAAGCGAAGGAACCACUCCCGGUCGAACCGUUCCUGAAAGACAUUCCAAAACCGAUGCCUCAAUCGGGGCCGUUAGUGGUUGAAGGCUCGAAACCCUACUCGAGCUUAACGGGCAUCCGUAAAGCGCCACCACCGGUCGCGAUCACACGCUACAGUCCACAGCUUGACGAGGCACCCAUUCAUGAACUGUCUACCAUUCCCGAGGUUGAAACACCGGCCGCAGCGACAUCGAAGGUGAACCUAUCGCAGCUUUCGACGGCCGGAGGUGAUAGAACGAACGGACCGGCGGAACAGAUCUUGAUCGAAGCCCGCAAUCGAUUGUUGACCGAAGAAGAAGGUCCGAAUCUAGGGUACGAUCGGUUUCCGGUGUUUGAGGACUACGUUCGUCAGGCGAUGAAAGGACCGGCAAAAGAUGGCGAAGCUAGUCUGGUUAAUCUGGAGAAAACGGUGCCCGGUAACGAUACGACGGGAGAGCUUAAGAGCCUGGGUGAUGUUUCGCGAAUGAAGGAGAAUGACGACGAUAGCCGCUUACAGUAUCGCCGCUACCCUGCACCGGCUCCCGCUUUCGAUAUCACGGAGGAACAUGCCGGUAGCUCGCAGUCGGAAGCGAACGCAAGUGAUGCCUCGCUGCCGGAUGUGGUGGCCGAACUGCGCAAGCUUAACAUCGUGAUGAAACCGUUCGAUCAUACACUGGACGAUUCCAACCGAUCGACACCGUUCUCGGAGCAGCUUAGUGAUACCGCUGCGCCAGCGAAUGCUUCAUCGAUUAUCGCCAUUCAACGGACAUCGCUAGUUGGUGCCCGUAGUUCCCGCUCGCUCAAAGUUGCUCAAACACCGACCGAACUGACGCUGGGGCAAGAUCUCGAGCAGAUGGUCGGUUUGCAGUGGGCAUCGUCAAUGUUGCGGAAACAGCAGGAACAGCUGCGGAAAUGUAACGACAACUCGAGCAGUUCGUCGCUAUCGCUGGUGGAACUGCCGCGGGAUAAACACAACGACGACACGGAUCAUCCGGAGAACAGAGAGCAACUCGGUAGACCACUGAACCUAGCCGAGUUCAUCUCGCGUGAGCUUAUGAUACGCACCCAGUCCGAGCUGCAGUCAUCGGUUUCGUCCAGUCCGGUGUCCCACGGAACGUUGCUACGAUCACUGCUCAGUAUUAGCAAUCUAACCAACUCCAGCGAUUACGGUGGUACUCCUGGUCCAUCGCGGGAACGAUUAUCGUACACGCAAACCUCGGACCGGAAUGUACAGCGCACGUCCACACCGGUCGCCAGCAAGUCGGCCAGCGGUAGCAGUUUGCUUAUGCGGUCUGGCCUGGCGGCUGGUACAGCGCGGGAUGAUAAUGGCCAGGUUGCUGACGGAGCUGACGCUAAUGGAACGGCAGGUGGAGGGCUUUUCUCGGGUGAAUCACGAAUCUCUUCGGUGCACGGCUGGAGCUCAUCGUCGGGCCACUCGGGCGAGGAAAAGCUUACCGUACCGAAUGUGCGGCUUGAGCGGAGAUCAAGCAAAGAAACGGAAAACGAACUGGCCGGGUCUUAGGUUGCCUUAAAUUUUUUUUGUUGCCUCUAAAGGGUGUUAAUUGUUUUGUUAGUAAAUGUUGGAACGAGCAAUGAAACACGCAAAGUGUCUAGUGUUAAAAGGUUAAUCUUCUUUGACUGAUCACUGUUUAAAUUUGAAUGCGCUUUCUGUUUUAAUGCCAUAGCGAAAUGUAGGAUUUUUUUGUAUUGUCAGAACGGGGACGGGCUGGUGUUGCAUUUACUUGCUAUAGGAACGAAUUGUACGUAACUUUUAAAAUAU